AUAAAACCAUUUGAUUAAAACUUUAAUUAAAUCUUCACAUCUUUAACCUAAUAAACCAACUGGCUGGUUUUAUUAUCUGUACUCAAACUGAACCGAAAAAAGACAAAACCGUAAAUGAGUAAGAGAGGGAAGAAGGCGUAGUAGCUAGCUCUUCCUAUAUCAACCUAGCACCGGCGAUUUCAUUUUCGGAAAAGCUUUCUUCAUUUUUUCUCUUCCAGGAAAAUCGAAAACCCUAGUUUUUCUCUCUUCUUCGGUAAUCUAAACGAAACUCGUUAUCUGGGUCUCUCCAGAUUUCGAAGAAGUGCCUAGAAUCUAGGGUUCUUGGUUCGAUUCCGUUUUACCGAUUAAUCAUGAGCUCCAUCAACAUCACUAACGUCACUGUCUUGGAUAAUCCAGCGCCGUUUGUUAACCCUUUCCAGUUCGAGAUUUCUUACGAGUGCCUGAACUCUCUCAAAGACGAUUUAGAAUGGAAGCUUAUCUACGUAGGUUCAGCUGAAGAUGAAACCUCUGAUCAACUUUUGGAAAGUGUUCUCGUUGGGCCUGUUAAUGUUGGGAACUACCGAUUUGUGUUACAGGCUGACUCUCCAGAUCCAUCAAAGAUCCGUGAGGAAGAUAUCAUUGGUGUAACUGUGCUUUUGUUGACUUGCUCUUACAUGGAUCAAGAGUUUAUAAGAGUUGGCUAUUAUGUGAACAAUGACUAUGAAGAUGAACAACUCAGGGAAGAGCCUCCUACUAAGGUUUUGAUUGAUAAGGUCCAAAGGAACAUACUCACAGACAAACCUAGAGUAACCAAGUUCCCUAUCAACUUUCAUCCUGAAGACGAGCAGACCGGUGGUGAUGAGCCUCCUACGGCUGAACCAUUUGAUGAGUCUGAUGUAAAUGGAGAAGCUCAAGUGUUGCUUGAAGAGCCACAAAAGCUGCAGGAGACAUGAUUCUAGUUUUUGGCUCAAACCUUAUUUGGAAACUGGAUAAGAAAUGUCAUCUCAGUGCUAAUGGAAAGAUUUUGUUUCUGUUGUCUAAGAACUUUAACUGCAAUUUGUGUUCAUUGUUUGUAGAAAUUUAUGUUUUUGUUUCAGUCUCUACAAUUGUGCUAAUCAGUGUUCUUAGCUCCCAUUCUGGUUUGUGUCUUAGUCCAAAGUGAAUUUGCUUCGUUUUCAAUGGAUCAUACUCAUAUCAUCCAUCUAGUGUAGAUUCACCGGGCCUGUAUUUACUAACCCAAUUUAUUUAUUACAGCAUUGUUACAGGAGCUGAAGCUCUCACAUUAUCUAUACAUCCUCUUCACAAGGCAAGAAAUUUGAUUUUGGCUAAUGAAGUCUUAGGCAAGUAGAUAACAUUUGUUAUGAGAUCACUCAGUAGAGUGGCGGAUCUGGAUCAUAAUCUGCACCGGGACUAGGACCAGUCGGGGGUUUCACUUCGUCAUAGCCACCACUAGGAUUCGACCCUGUCGGAGGUUUCACUUCAUCAGAACCGUCAGGUUUAGUUGGAGGUUUGACAUCAGGUUUAGUUGGAGGUUCGACGUCAGGUUUAGUCGGAGGUUUUGGAGGAUCUGGAUUGGCUGGUGGCUGUGGCCAGCCCGGUGGCAUGCAGCCCGAUGGCCAGCCCGGUGGCAUGGAGCCAGGUGGUGGUGGACCACCUGGCCAACCAGGUGGACAUCCCGGUGGCAUGGAGCCAGGAGGUGGUGGACCAGGUGGCCAGCCCGGUGGCAUGGAGCCGGAUGGUGGUGGACCUGGCGGCCAGCUUCCCGGGGGUGGUCCACAUCCUGGUGGCGGCGGUCCGCAUCCUGGUGGCGGCUGUCCGCAUCCUGGUGGUCCGAACGGCGGAAAUGGAGGCCAGCGAGGCAUGGUUCUAUAGGUUUCUCUUGGUCGAAGUUGAAAUAAUGUUGUCUUGCUCAAAAUUGUGGACACAUUUUGAUCAUAAAUAUAGAAGAGGAUAACGUGUGGGGUCUGUUUGUUACAAUGAGAAAGUUGAAGUUAGGUACUUUAGAGGAUUUAAUAAGCUAAAACGUGAAGAAUGAGUAGUGUGUUACCGUUGAGGGUAGCACAAGUUUUGAAUGUAACUAUUUCUUCUGCAUGCUGUUAUGUUGUUAUGGGCACAUGAAUUAAAAAACAAAACAAAAAAAAUAUAUUUUGGAAUAAUU